GGUCCUCCUUUCUUACACUACCAAUAUUUUGAUAGUGUCGGCAACACCAACUUUCUCCGGGGAAGAGAAGAGAAGGAGCGUGCUGAUUGCUGAGAGACGAAAUCACAUCCUCUGUAGUCUGUACCCCCUCUCUCUCUCUAUCCCUUGCCCUCCCUCUCUCUGUCUCAAACACCGGAACGGAAAGGGAAUUAAAAAAAAAAAACCGAAAAUCCACCGAAUUCCGGCUCCGCACCUUCUGAUAGCUGAGACGCCUUCCGAUCUGCCCUGAUUCUCGUUGCCCUAGAUUUCCUAUCUCGUUGGAUUUCCAAUCUAAAAUAUCUAGAUCAUCAGUCUCUCCUCGAUCUUCUGAUAUUUUGGUCGGUACCAUCGAAUUCCUAUUUCUAUUUUUAGCUUUUGGGGGUUCUCUAAAUCCGAUCCAGAACAAUUGGAUCGGGUUUCAAUGGCAGCCGCUCGACGCCUCCGAGACCUGCAAUCGCAGCCAGGCAACAAGAUUUGUGUUGAUUGCUCACAGAAAAAUCCACAAUGGGCGUCUGUAUCAUACGGCAUCUUCAUGUGCCUUGAAUGUUCUGGCAAGCACCGCGGUCUCGGCGUUCACAUCAGCUUCGUCCGAUCUGUGACCAUGGACUCCUGGUCCGAGAUCCAGCUCAAGAAGAUGGAAGCCGGCGGCAACGAGCAACUCAACGCGUUCCUCUCUCAAUACGGGAUCCCUAAAGAGACGGAUAUCGUCACAAAGUACAACACCAAUGCUGCCAGUGUUUACCGCGAUAGAAUUCAAGCUCUAGCUGAAGGGCGUCCGUGGCGUGAUCCUCCAGUCGUUAAAGAAACGUUAGGGAUUGGGAAGAAGAAGCCUCCACUGGCGCAGGGUGGCGGUGGUGGUGCCAAAGAUGCUAAUUUGGGGAGUAAUGGAGGUUGGGAUAGUUGGGACAACGAUGAUAGUUUUCGGUAUUCGGAUAUACGGCGGAAUCAGUCUACAGGGGAUUUUAGGAGUGGUGGUGGUAAUGGUGGCGCGAGAGGAAUGCCUGCAAGAUCAAGGUCGACCGAGGAUAUUUACACGAGGUCUCAGUUGGAGGCUUCAGCUGCAAACAAAGAGAGCUUUUUCUCAAGGAAAGUUGCCGAGAACGAAUCUCGGCCUGAAGGGGUUCCGCCUUCUCAAGGGGGAAAGUACGUAGGGUUUGGAUCUACACCUCCGCCAACUCAACGGAAUAAUUCGCAAGGGGAUGUUAUUAGGAAUACCGUGUCUGUUGUUUCUCAGGGACUUGGUAGGCUAUCUAUUGUUGCUGCUUCUGCUGCUAAUGUUGUCCAAGCAGGAACAAAAGAGUUCAGUUCCAAGGUAAGAGAUGGAGGCUAUGAUCACAAGGUAAAUGAGACAGUAACUGUGGUCACUGCAAAAACUACUGAGAUUGGGCAAAAGACCUGGGGAAUUAUGAAAGGAGUCAUGGCAAUGGCUUCACAGAAGGUUGAAGAAUACACAAAAGAAGGCAUUAAUUGGAAGGCUGAUAACUGGCAGCGAAAUGAUAAUGAGAAGAAUGGCUAUUAUCAGGAGUUCAGGCAGGAGAGCAUGGGGUGGAAUUCUUCUGGAGGAGGGUACUCCUCAUCGGGUAGACAGUUCAACUCUGUCAGUUCUGGCUCUUGGGAUGACUGGGACAACAAAGACGAUAGAAAAGACGAGUCCAGAAAGGGAGCAUCAUCUCAGAAUGGUGACAGUUGGGCUGGGUGGGAUGAUGCUAAAGAUGAUGACUAUGACAAUUUCUACGUAGGCUCUUCAAGUAAGAGACUGGAGGGUCAGAAUGGGAAAUCAGAUACCCGGUGGACGAAGGGUGGUUUCUUGUAAGGUCAUCUCAAGCAAACCAAGUAGGGGAUUCUUAGGUUGAGGAAAUCGGUCAAGAGCUCCUCCAUCUCCAUGAGGGUUUAACUAGCGCAUGGAAGAAGAAAUGAUGUGGUGGCAAUGAUCCAUUUCCAUUACACAAGUUCUGUUUUAUUCUAUGGAAUAAGCAUAAGACCAUAGGCCAGUGGAAAAUUCGUUCUUUUCAAUAUCAUAUAGGUAAAUUAUAAAGAUUCCCCCUAUACUAUAGGGUGACCUCCCUGUACUUUGUUUUACCACAAAGACUAUGACCGUGUCGAAAUAUGCCGUUGCAAUAUUUUUUAAUCCCCACCCUUUAAGAAAAACACUAUUUUAUCUUCUCUGACCUCACGAUAUAGGAAUAGUAGCAGCGGCAGUAAUCCAAUCAGCAAAGGAGACAUCAACAAAGAAGGGGAAGAGAUUUUCGUCCCUCCUCUCAACUUUGCCAUGAUCGAUAGUGGCGUCUUCCAUUCUAGAUUCUCAGACACAGCGAACUUGGGGAGAGAUGUCAAUUAAUUGACGUCGGUGUUGCCAACGCCGACGGGGACACAUAAUUCACUUUGAUCCUGUGCUUACCAGGAUACCGACUGGCAGACCACACUCCGGCAAAGGGGAUGGCGAGAGAAUGACAACUCGAAGCGGGAGCUCUAUUGGGGCGCAAUGGACCCCUUGGCAUCGGGCAAAGACGAUAUGCGAGUUUCAGGAGAAGCCUAUACGCCUCCAGUGCAUCGUAUCACCAACAACUACACAUUGCGGGGAGCUUCAAAGCUAACAGGGUCAACUUGUUCACCAUCGAGCAAAAGAUGACGCAGAGCUUAACGGUAAUGGAAGAGCACGACCAAAUCGCAGUUGCUUGACAAAAGGUUAAGCCAUUUCUCAGACAGCGAGCCAACCCAAGACAUGGGCUUAGCUAUUGAGAGCAAAACUUUUUGUAAAAGGACCGAGAUGAAAAUGAGCCACCGACGUCGAAACUCUA